UAGGCGGGGCCGGGCCCUGGCAGUGACGUCGGGUGUGCGCGUGGCUCCGGCUGCGCAGGAACAGCUGGUGCCUGGGAGGGUGGCGCGUGUGCGCGCGGGCGUGGGGUGCUGCCGGCCGGCCGCGCCACGCUGCGGGAGCCGUCGCUGCCGCCUCGCGCCACUGCACCAUGUCCGGCCAGCUGGAGCGCUGCGAGCGCGAGUGGCACGAGCUGGAGGGAGAAUUUCAGGAACUGCAGGAGACACACCGGAUCUACAAGCAGAAGCUGGAGGAGCUGACAGCAUUGCAGACUCAGUGUAGUGCCUCCAUCCACAAGCAGAAGUCGAGACUGAAGGACUUGAAGCGCACACUCCAGAGAUACAAGCACCAUGCUAGCCAGGAGGAGGCAGAGCUCAUUCAGCAGAUGGGCACCAACGUCAAGGAGCGGCAGAACAUCUUCUUUGACAUGGAAGCCUACCUGCCAAAGAAGAACGGACUCUACUUAAAUCUAGUCCUUGGUAAUGUGAAUGUGACCCUUCUCAGCAACCAGGCCAAAUUUGCAUACAAGGAUGAGUAUGAGAAGUUCAAGCUCUACCUGACCAUCAUCCUGCUUCUGGGGGCUGUGGCAUGUCGAUUUGUCCUUCAUUACAGGGUGACAGAUGAAGUCUUUAACUUCCUGCUGGUUUGGUACUACUGCACCCUGACCAUUCGGGAGAGUAUUCUCAUCAGCAAUGGCUCCAGAAUUAAAGGCUGGUGGGUGUCUCACCACUAUGUGUCCACGUUCCUGUCAGGAGUGAUGCUAACCUGGCCCAACGGACUCAUUUAUCAGAAGUUCCGAGAUCAGUUUUUAGCAUUUUCAAUUUUUCAGAGCUGUGUCCAGUUCCUACAAUACUAUUACCAGAGGGGCUGCCUCUACAGGCUGCGGGCACUGGGGGAGAGGAAUCAUCUGGACCUCACGGUGGAAGGAUUCCAGUCCUGGAUGUGGCGAGGUCUCACAUUCCUCCUCCCUUUCUUGUUCUGUGGCCAUUUCUGGCAGCUCUACAAUGCCAUCACAUUGUUUGAACUCUCCAGCCAUGAGGAAUGCAGAGAAUGGCAGGUGUUUGUGUUGGCGCUCACCUUCCUCAUCCUCUUCCUUGGCAACUUCCUGACCACACUCAAGGUUGUGCACACCAAACUCCAAAAGAAUAGAAACAAGGUGAAGAAGCCAUGAGCCUGAGCACUCCUGCAUUCCUUGGUCCCCAGACUUUGAGACUGUGUUGGGGGUCCUGGUCAGCCCCCCCCCCCACCGGCUGCAAUAUCCCUCUUCAGUGGGGCCAGGGCCCACUGGCAGCAACGACCUCAGGGGCCUGUGCACUGCUGGGGGCAGACUGGGUGCAGGCCUGAGGCCCGUGUCCCCAGCCAACAAGAGGAAUAUGACUCCAGCCUGUCCUCGAAGUAUUAACCCACCCAGUCUUCCUAUUUAUGACAUAUUUAACACCCAGCCCUCCGUUAGCCCUUGAAUCCAUGACCUCCCCCACUGCUCUUGGCCUCAGCUGAAACUGGGUCAGUCUUCCUGGGGGAGGGGCCUGACACCUCAGGGAGCCCCCCUACUCCCCACUCCUGUCACCCAAGCCCCUCAGGUGGGGGUCUGGAUGUGCCUCACUGGAGUUGAAUCUAUGCUGACUGCUACUUACUGGGCCCCAGCAGGGUGGAAGGAGCCUCUCUUCCUGGCACACCACCCACACCGCUUAUUUAAGAUCUCAGAGAACCA